UCAAGUUCUCAUCUUAUGAGAGAGAGAGACAGAGCCAUGGCAGCUUCCAAGUUUCAAGCUUUUUGGAACCAUCCUGCAGGGCCCAAGACCAUUCAUUUUUGGGCCCCUGCGUUCAAAUGGGGCAUCACCAUAGCUAAUCUCAACGACUUCUCGAAGCCUCCGGAGCAAAUUUCUUAUCCUCAGCAAUCAGCUCUCACAAUCAGCGGACUCAUCUGGGCAAGGUACAGCUCUGUAAUAACCCCGAAGAACUGGAACCUCUUCAGUGUCAGCAUCGGGAUGGCUUCGGUCUCCAUGUGCCAACUUGCGCGCAAACUUGAGCACGAAUUCUCGUCCAAGUACCGAGGGGCUGCGACAGAAUAGUCCAUCCACCGCUGCUAAAACACCGAGAGUUCUGCAGCUUCCGUUCAAUCACUCUCCCUAUGCAGUUCGGAGCCGAACUGUGCUUGGAAUAAAUUAGUCGUUUUCACCUUAUUCUCAGAUAUUACGACCACAUGUAAAAGUACUCCUUGAUGACAUGCAUGUUUUACGCGUCUCCGCGCGUAAAUCCUACGAUUGUCGAAAGUCCAAUGAUGGGCGUCUACUCUUUUUCUCCUCCAAACAUGCAGUAAUCAACCUGAGGGAGCAAAGAGUAGAUAAUGCUG